AUGUCUGCACGCAUUGCUCGAUCUUCAAUGGCCUUGAGGCCCUCUCUUCCCAUCCAGCGAGGUUUCCGCACAACGAGAUUACUUCAACAUAACGAGAAGGAACCCAUUGGACCGAAAUCUUCAGAUAAGCCCAUGAGCAAGGGUGACAACUCGCACAUCGUCAUGUUUGGAGGUGUCGGUCUUGCAAUCGGUGCAGGAUUCUUCUUCCUUAUGUCGCGACCCGAAAAAGCAAAGGAACAACCUAUCGAGGGUGUUAAGUCAAAGCCCAUGAGCCCUAAAUAA